UAGCAGGGUUCGGGAGCGAGAGGAGCUGUGAGAUUAAAGUGGUUACUGUGGUCCUAGUGGGACUGUGUGUAAUGAGUGAUGAAGAGGAGGGGGCUGAGAGCCGAGAUGGAGCAACAGGGUGUGUGUCUUUACAUCCUCCCUUGUGCACAUGUUCACCCAGGUGGAGGGACGAUGACGCUGGCUGCCUGACUACCUCACGUCAUUAUCGUGCCCCCACCCUCUCCACCCAUCUCCCACUACAGCUGGAUAAGCCAGCCGCUAACCGGCUCGACUCGCUUACAGAACAGGGAUUUGAAGAUUGCAUCCUCACAUUUGUAAUCAGAUGGAAGAACGGAUUAUGUCAAGGUCUCCUCCAUCUUGUGUACAGCCGGCGGGCUGCUGAGACAAAGAGGGGGAGAACAGAGAGGCAUGCAGCUCAGUGAGUGGAGAGUAGUUCAGAGAGAGAGAGAGAGGGGGGAGAGGGGGAGAGGUCACCUGCUGAUGCGAGGACGAGGAUGAGGGCUUCCUAUAGAUCUGCACCCAUCACCCGACACUUCUGAAAGGAAAGAUAGAGGCUGAGCAGCGAGCAUCUCACUGUGAAAGGUUUUCCAUGGCCUGGCGUCCCGUGUCCGAGCAGCUCCCUCUGGUAGGAGCUGCUUCCUUGGACGCUACCCUCUCUGAUCGGUCUCUCUUCGACACCUCUAGGAGCUCUUCACAGACUAUCACACCCUGCAGACCGGCAGGGGGACUAGGUAACACCUGCAGUGAGCCACCAGAGGAGCCCUGUGCAGAACCUUCAGCUACUUCUUCAACCACUGAAACCAACUGUAGCAGUCUGAAGGCCGGUGGGGAGCCUGGCGACCGAGAGCAAACAAAGACAUUUGUGAACCUAUUCAAUGCCCCCCCUCGGGCCUCCCUCCCUAUCCACAGGAGCCACUCGGACACUUUGCCUCUGGUUCAGCAGGAAGUGCCCCCCCAGGCUCCAGUCUGCAGGACAUGUGCGCCUCGGUUCCACCACGGUGGAAAUCAAAGUAUCCAGAACGCAGAGGGUUACUCCAUGUCAGCCUGCAAGCAGCCCAUGCCGCUGCAGCAGUGCAACGUCAUCACCGCUGUUUGCAGAGGGGUAACCGGCGGAGAAGGUGGUGCACAGCACGCUGAGACCAGGGGUGGAUGUGUCUCGUCCCCCAGGGCAGUAGCCAAAGUGCAGGGCCGUGGAGAAAUGGGUCCUUAUUGCAAAAAGCUACUCUGCUAUGGGUCCAACAACCAACAUGUCAAUUCUGAGGACACGUUCGCUGCCUACUGCCACCCCCAGCCCAUCCCAGCCCCCUGCCAGCUGCUGCCCCACCCGGCUGGGGCAAAGACACACAGUGACAGCAAGUAUGUGGUGGCCCCUCCUUCAGCGACGGACAACCUCCCCCUACCUCGCCUCAUCUCUUCUGUCAGUGAGACGGGCCUAGACGCCAAACACCUGCUGCGCUGCUGCAGCCUCAACUGCUCUUGGUCCGGCUUGCUGCCUCCUGUUGUGCCUCAGUCCCAAAAAUACUUUGGCGCUGAAGAGUGCUGCAUCAGUCCCGUUGGCCACGUCAGCACCAUAACUCGGGACACGGGCACAAUGACGGCGCUCAAAGAGCUGAGGGACGUUGGGGUGCAGACAGGACAGAUGGUCACAGCUCACGUGUUCCCCCAGAUCUGCCUGGUGGAGGAGAGCAAGGACGAGACGUCCUGCAGCAGAACUCUCAAGAAGUCGGGCGGCGCUUUGAAGUCGCCGGUGAAGGAGGUGAAGUGGGAUGCAGAAGGAAUGACAUGGGAGGUGUACGGGGCCUCUGUGGACCCGGAGGAGCUGGGCGUGGCCAUACAGAAACACCUGGAGCUGCAGAUCAAGGAGACAGCAAGCCUUGCAGCCAAGCUGUCGCGUCAGGACACCAACACCUCCCAGCAGGUGGAGCACGCCAGCUGUCAGAGAAAGAGGAGCGGGAUCAUUAGCUCCAUCAGAACCCCGGGGUGCUGCACUCGCAGCUCUACAGCUGUUGACUAACGGGACAGAACCUGAGCGGCUUACCAGAACCAAGGAAGAGGCUCGCUAUGAUGACCAUUCAAGACUCGUGGUGCGAAAAAGGGAAGGAAGCAAACGAUGAAAGAACAUUAGCCUUUAACCAUUAUUUUCGGAGGGCCAUCCAUUCAGGUGCUACUCAAUGGACACCUGUGCUAACUGGGUCCACAAAUGGUUCGUGACCUCUGAGUGAGCUCUGGAAACAUUGGUUUAAUUGAUUGGCGGGAAAAGAUCAUCUGUUAACCAAACCUGAAUGGAUCUUGUUGAACUGAAGAAUGGGACAGCAGGUUUUCCUUUUGAGAAAUGGGUCCACCAAAAAAAAGGUCUUGACACACUAAUUCUAUUUAUGUUCUAGAAUAUUUAUGUUUUCCAGACAUCAUUUAUGAAGCCCCACAACUUUGUCUCAGCUGUGUAACUAAUGUUAAUGUAGUAAAAGGAGCCUCCCCUGAUGAAUAGCCCUGCCAAGUACCAUGUGAACUGGAAAAUACAUCACUUGGGUGGUAUGAAAUAAGCAUAUGAAACUUGUUCUCUGCAGAGAGCAAAGACAAAGCGCUGUGGGAUUCAUCAGUGUCAUCUGUGAAGGAAGCAGAGACUAAGAACGAGACGUGGUUGAGCAUUAAGUGUCCAACACACUGAAACACAAGCGUUCGGUCCAGUAUGAAGUCAUCAGGUUGGAUUUAGUGUAAAACAGCUGAUCCUCAGCUCCGUUACUCAAAUUUCCUCUAUGUUUGUUUCCACCUGUGUGCAGUAAAAUUCCUUGUCAGGGGAAAUGUGAAGUUAUCGACUCUGUUGUGCCUGUUCAGUGUGGACACACCAGACCGACAUCAUCGACUCACUGUGUCUCCUCACUGCGUCCGAGUCUCAACCCACCACAAAGACUUCAGUCACAAGAGGAGACGGGACACCGUGGUACGAGGCGUACAAGCCGCUCAAUCGAUGGAAGAGCUGCUGAAAGCAGGGCUCCAGGAGGCCUGAGGUGUGGGGGGGCGUCUACGGGCUAAUAGUCUGCCUCACGUUUUAAUGGACAAUGUGAUUGUGUGAAAUCUUCAACCAGAUGAGAAUAUGAACACCAGUUUCAUCUCUUUAUGUCUAGUAAGUAUAUAGAGCGGUCUAGGAAGGAUGGGCUAGCGGAGCAUAAAGCCUGGAUGUAGACUGCUUGCCUCAAAGCAGGAACAAUACGUUGUUACUGAUGUUUGUUCUCUCGAAAAUGAUGAAAUCUGCUUAACUAACCGACAUAACCAUUUUACAGUAGAGCUGAUGUUUAACGUAUUCUGUGGUGUGUUGAGUUUGACUUUCGUUGUUAGAAACAGCGGGAGAGAUAAAGCACGUCUGUGAGACUGAGGUACAUCUAGCAAGACGUCCUCUUUGACUCACUUGGAUUUGAUUUCCUGGUGAUUUGCUUGACACAUAAUGGCUGCUUUCGAGAACCACUGCGGAUGACCGUUGUUUUGUAUGUGUAGUUGCACACAAUCAUUUGAGGUCCCACACAGGCAUUAACGCAGGAUGUCAGUUCAUAGUCUUGUCUAAAUUGAUCAGAGCAAUACGAGUGUACAAAUCUUGAUGCCAGCAUUAAAUUACUCAAACUCUGUG